AUGAUAAUUGAUUGUGUUGAUAUUAAAGUAGUUCCGAACAAUUUUGAGGACGAUGGGUUGUUACAAUAUCCAAAGGAAACACGGAACAAAAUUAUUACAGAAAUUCUCUUUUCCCUUCAAGCGAAUCCAAAUUUCUUCAUGGAACAAAGCCGCAUUUUAACACCAUUUCGAGACCGAUUUAAUUUCACGUUGUCAAUCAUAGGAGCGUGUUUACAUGAUGGUAUUUCAACAGCGAGCGAAAGGCGGGUAAUGGCCUGUGUUGAGAUCUAUGAAAAGUGGUUAACUCAAAGUCCACGUCCGAGUUUUUUAACAGCGGAAUUUUUGAUAACUAUGACGAACCAAUUAUCAAUGCCUUUUGCACGAGCGACCGACAUUUACGAUCAAAACACGCGAUGUUCUAUUUUAAAUCGAAUUUCAUUACUUUUAAGAAAAAUUACGACGACGGAAUAUAAAACAAAAAGCUUACAAGAAGACUCCGAAAUGUUUCUGUAUCACAUGUUUAAGCUCCACAUGAUGAUCAUCCACGCGAUCGUCAGAAUGACAUACCCCGUCGAUCAUCAAUGCCUCAAAAUCUUGUCUGAGACGUUUUUAACGGUAAUGGUGUCAUGCAAGCAAACAGAAGAAUAUCAAAGAACACUGGGGCUGUUCACUCGCAUUGCAGGGAAGUGGAUUGCCCUCUCCGAAUUUCGAACUGCAUUUUUGGCGUAUCACACAAAACUGCAAAAUGAAUAUCUGAAGGUCUAUAAGAAAUUUGAUAAGAUCCCAUUCAUCGUCCCAUUCUCUGAUGAUUGCUCAAUGGGUGGGUUAAUGCUCGACGAGAAACACGUUCGAAGACUUUGGGUGAUGAAUUUGCAGCUCUUUGACGUGACAAAUUUGGAAGUCGAUGGGCUCUUGGAAUUGGUCAAAGUAUUUGGAGAGAAUAUGGCACAAGCGUUAGAAAGGGAAAUGAGUUCUCGACUUAUCUAUAAACUCUAUAUCAAUACUUUCUUUAAUAUCAUCAAGUUAUAUAACCAUAAGAAGCAUCAAGAUUCUAUAAACUUUACUAUUAUUAAUGUCACCAAUUACUUUGAAAAACGAAGUGGGGAAAUUGCAGGUGAUGACUUUCUUUUAAGUCGAAUGAUUCUAUUUUUUAAACAUUGCUUUAAAUCGGAAUGCGUUGAUAUUUUGGUCUGCACUAUGGGGUCCUUGGACAGACUGCUCCAAACACAUAUAACUGAAUUGAUUUUGGUGUAUAAGGAAUUGGUAUACACAAUGUUCCAAUUGACUUCCGUCUUUGAUACCGCUAAGGACAAAAUACCACUUAUGGUUAUUAUAUCAACAAUGAAUAGUUUAAGGUACUAUUUCCCAAUUUUGUUUGCGUGUUUUGGGAGAGUCGAGAAGUUAUUCAAUUUGGAGGAGUUGCUCUAUUUGCAUUUGGCUAUUUUUACUACGAUAGAACAACUGGGAUUCUUCGGGAAAAAUAACUGCGCGAUCUAUUUUGAAACAGUCGCCGACUUUAUUGGAGUCUUUGGAAAGACGUGGCCAGACCCAACGUUGUUGGAAAGUUAUUUGAUUAGCUUUGAAGGAACUGUCAAGAAAUCUGCAAAGUGGAUGUUCCAAAAAUACAACUCCGAAGAAUUUGUGGGGUUAUAUCGUGUUUUUGAAGAGUUUUAUCAAAUACUCCAUAGAUUUUCACACCCAGAAAAGCAUAUCAAAAGUAUAGUAGAAACGUUAAUAAAGAUUAUUAAAGGAAUGAUUCGAUGUUCUAGUAGCGAAGUCAUUCAUUGCUUUAUAGAAAAACUUGUUGAGUUUUCGGUCUUUGACAAAAAUAUCACCGACGAAUUGUUCCCAGAAAUUAUCGACCUAUUGAUGUAUCUUUCAAAUAACGACACCGCUCUUGUCAAAAACAAUUUGAAGUUUAUCACGUCGUUUUACUACUUUUUCUUCUCCCAUCCACAAAAAGGAAUGUACUACAAUUUACUUGAUGAAAAGGAUAUGCUUUUGGCAAGCAAAACAAACACUGAUAUUCAAUUCAAUGAUAAAUACAAUGGGCUUAAUAAAUUGAGUGGAAAUGAAUUUGAAGCAAAUGAACUCAACAAAACGACGGUUUGGAGGGAAAAGACCGAGUCGUUUAAUGACUCAAGUAAUCCAAGGAGUUAG